AUGGCCACUUCCAGCAGCUUGAAACUGGUGGAGACCCGGGCGCUGGGGUCCGACUGGAGGCACCUCUGUACGGUACUGCUGUACGCGCCCAAUCCAGGGAUGCUCUACGGGCGCAUCCCGCUGCGCUACACCGUGCUGAUGGUCAUGCGCUUUGAUGGGCGCCUGGGCUUCCCCGGCGGCUUCGUGAACACUCAUCACCACAGCCUGGAGGACGGGCUGAACCGGGAGCUGUCCAAGAAACUGGGCAAGGCGGUGUCCACCUUCCGCGUGGAGCGCGCCGACUACCGGAGCUCCCAGACCGACGUCAAAACGAACGUGGUGGGCCACUUCUACACCAAGAAGCUGACGCUCGCGCAGCUGCACGCCGUGGAGACCGGAGCCUCCGAAGCCAGGGCGCACGGGCUGGAGGUGCUGGGCCUGGUGCGGGUACCCCUGUAUACCCUGCAGGAUGGUGUGGGAGGCCUACCCACCUUCCUGGAGAACUCCUUUAUUGGCACUGCCCGAGAGCAGCUCCUGGAUGCCCUCCAGGACUUGGAACUGGUGGAGCCUGACUAUAUCUCAGGCCUCAAGGCUGCGAUUGCCCACUAG